AUGGAAUCUCUAUCUCUUCCCGUUCUAAAUCCUCUUUUAGUUUCUGGUUCCAAUCUUUACAGAAAACCGAGCUCGAGGAAGACUUGUUCGCUUAAUUUCCCGAUAGGAAGCACAUCCAUUUCCACUGUUCGUCGCUUUAGAGUAGGUGUUGUUAAGAUGCAAGCUGUUGAUGAAGAUAUUGAUGUGAAGCAAAUGAGAGACAUGGCUGCUGCUAAAAAGCGUUGGGAUGGUUUGUUAAGGGAAGGAAGAGUGAAGCUUCUUACACCAAGAGAAGCUGGCUAUGCUAUUCAGCUUUCAAACAAACCUCUGCUCGAUGUCCGCCCCUCUAGCGAACGAAACAAGGCAUGGGUUAAAGGCUCCACCUGGAUUCCAAUAUUCGAGAAUGAUGACAACUUAGACGCUGGAGCUCUUUCCAAAAAGGUCACCAGCUUUGCUAUGGGGGGAUGGUGGAGCGGUGCACCUACGUUAUCUUUCAAUAAGCUCUUCUUGUCAAAGGUUGAGGAGAAAUUCCCAAAAGAUGCAGAGCUGAUUGUUGCUUGCCAGAAAGGAUUGAGAUCCUUAGCUGCAUGUGAGCUACUAUACAAUGCCGGGUAUCAGAAUAUUUUCUGGGUGCAAGGCGGUCUAGAGUCCGCUGCAGAAGAGGAUCUUGUCAUAGAAGGUUCUCAGCCACUGAAGCUUGCUGGGAUUGGAGGUUUUUCAGAGUUCCUCGGUUGGACAGAUCAGCAAAGAGCUCAAGCUGCGAAAGAAGGCUGGGGUUACCGUUUAGUAUAUUCUGCUCGUCUGCUUGGAGUUGUUCUUGCUGCUGAUGCCUUGUUCGUUGGUGCCCAGCAACUUGGUCCCUUUAUUCAAAAGUUAAGAGGCCACUAG